AUGGAUUUUUUGCAGUUUCCACUGACAGAAAAUCUUUCUUUCAAGCCAAUUGAUGUAUAUUAUAGCCCAAAGUUUAACCAUAAAUUUUCCUUCAAUGCUGAAUUAUGCGGAAUAUGGCUUGGAGAACUUCCAUUUAAUCAGCAUCUGGAUGCUACCCUUCUACCUGCACACAUGUUGCGCACCCCACAAGGUACGCCUCGCAUUCCUAUCUAUACCCCUCGGCCUCUUCGUAAUGAUUCCACCAAAACCGAACUUCCUCAAAGGUCUUCAAAGAAAACAAGCACAACAUUUGGCUUUGGUUCUAAAUUACUCUCAUCUGACACUCUCAUAAAAUCUGAUUCGUUUGACUUUAACGAUGAAUUUGCAAGACGGUUAGAAUCUGCAAGUCGACUUCAGAUGGAAGCUUGCAAAAUUUCUGGUUCUAUUACGUGUGCCAACGCAUGUCUUAUCUUCCGGUCUAGAGAACCAGAUUUAAAAAUUCCAACGCAUUUGGGUGGCCCUGGGGAUCAAGACCUGCUCUCCCCAAACUCGCAGCAUUCCCUUGACUACGGCUUCCCACUGAACUGCGAUCACCUGAAUUCUGGAACAAUUCUUGAUCUGUCUUAUUGGACAAUCGAAAAUGAAACAAAUUUUUCCUGCCAAUCUCUCCUCUCUUCUCAAUCUGGAUGUUUUCCGGGCGGACGAAAGGUCUGGUCAAGCGUUAACAGCCCUGCUAACCUUCGAAAACGCAGUCUUAAACAGUUUUGGACAAGCCUUUUAUCAAAGAAAUUGAAGCAGAAGUAG